GGGCAGCGCCAGCCCAUCCACCUACUAUCAAGCUGUACCAUUCUCCACCUCUGCCCCAGCCACUCCCUUAACUUGAUAUCUGUUUACUCUAGAGGGAGCGGAUUUUGAGAAGCAGUCAUAAAUAUCCUGGCUCAAUGCCUUAGCAGCCAUAAGAAGGGAAAAGAACGUACUUGCCUGAAGAUAACGUUUGGGAUAUUUAAAGGUGUGGGUUAAUUUUUUAUCCAUUUUAAUAACUGGGUUUUUUUUUCUCUCCGACUACUUCCUUGCUUUCUAUUGCUACCCGAAGCUGCAGGCACACGGAUCUCUGCAGGCAAAAUCUCUCAGAGCCUUCGCAGGACAGCCUGGUAACGACUGGUUCGUCCUACUGUAGCUGGGUGGCUGCCCCUUCUCCGAAAUGGCAGGUGUCAGUGGCUGUUUAAAGUAUUCCAUGUUUUUCUUCAACUUCUUGUUCUGGGUAUGUGGUACACUGAUCCUGGGUCUAGCCAUCUGGUUGAGAGUAAGCAAAGACGGCAAAGAGAUUAUCACAUCCGGUGACAAUGGCACGAACCCCUUCAUUGCUGUGAAUAUCUUGAUUGCAGUUGGGUCCAUCAUCAUGGUUCUGGGUUUCCUGGGAUGCUGCGGAGCUGUGAAAGAAAGUCGCUGCAUGCUUCUCUUGUUUUUUAUCGGCUUGCUCCUGAUUCUGCUUCUGCAAGUAGCCGCAGGUAUCCUAGGAGCUACUUUCAAAUCUGAGUCUAGCCGCAUUCUGAAUGAAACGCUGUAUGAAAAUGCCAAGCUUUUGUCAGAAACAAGCAAUGAGGCAAAAGAAGUACAGAAGGCCAUGAUUGCAUUUCAGUCAGAGUUUAAGUGCUGUGGCUUGAGAUUUGGAGCUGCUGACUGGGGAAACAAUUUUCCAGAUGCAAAAGAGUCAUGCCAAUGUACAGGAUCUGAUUGUGAAAGUUAUAGUGGACAGAGUGUCUAUCGAACGACCUGCCUUUCUCUGAUAAAAGAUCUGGUUGAAAAAAACAUUAUUAUUGUCAUUGGAAUUGCCUUUGGACUGGCAGUUAUCGAGAUUCUUGGUUUGGUGUUUUCUAUGGUGCUCUACUGCCAAAUUGGAAGCAAAUGAAUCUGCGGACUUCCUCAGUCAUUACAGACACCAUUUAAGUUUUUGCUUUGGCUUUGUAACUUUAAAUACUCGAGUACUGUACAUACCAGGAGCAGAUGUCUUCUUGAUGCGCUCUCACUUAGGCAGACUACAGGUAUCUUCACAUGUACUCAGCUCAUUUAACUGUGAAGGACAUAAUAAAAGUGGUCGUGUAUUUUUUUUUUUCUCACAAUAAAAAGUGUUCGUGCUGAU